AGGCCACAGGCGUCUGCCGCCCGGGCCAGCUUUCGACGUUCGCUCCCUGCCACACAAGCGCGGAUGCGUGACUUUGAGACGCGUCACUUGUGCGAGCUCUCGGCGGAGCAGUUCUGGGCGCUGCGCGCCGACCUCUCCUACGAUCAGUACAUCGCCGACUUUGACAAGCAGGUCUUCCAGCUCUGCUGGCUCAAGGAGGAGGCUGACGCGGAGGGCCACCCGUGCGUGGAGCGGGAGGUGCGGCUCACCUUCCGCGAGAACCCGGUGCCAAAGGCGCUGCGCGGCAUGCUCAAGGACCCCGAGUUCGCCUUUCUCGUCCGGGCGCGCUGGCGGACGCACGUCUGGGACGAGGCGCACGCGAUGGAGGUGGAGACCAUCCUGCCGGUGUUUUCGGACCGAAUCAAGAUCACCGCGCGGCAGUGGGCGGAGCCGGUCUCGCCCGCGCAGUGCUACGUGUGCUCGCGCGUGCACAUCGAGGUGUCGCGGCUGCCUGGUGUCGCCGGCGUGGUGGAGAAGGGCGUCGAGAAGGGAAUGCGAGAUGCGUACCUCGCGCUGCCGGCGCGAGCCACCGAGUACGCUCGCACGAACCCGCACUCGGCCGUGCUCCCGCCGCUGCCCACCCCGGCCGGGCGGGCGGUCGGCGGUUCUGCUGCAGAGCUGGCGCUCACAACGCCCGCCGCCGAUGACGCCGACAUCGCCGCCGACGCCGACGCCGCUGACGCCGCCGCCGCCGCCGCCGCCGCCGCCGCCGCCGCCGCCGCCGCCGCCGCCGCCGCCCCCGGUGCGCCC